UCCUACCCCAAUACUGAUUCUGUAGUCCCUUACCACCAGUAAACGAACGACGUCGUAUAGCAAUGGCGAAUCAAGGAGCAAAGAAACGAAAAGAGGAAAACACCCGCCACAUGCGAAACCUCCUCCGCCUCAUUCUCGCCUCUAACGCGAUAUAUCUUGUAAUAAGGGUCGGGAUUUUUCACUCCAGUUUCACAUGGAAGCAUUGGGCUGGCUUGAUUUUGACUUCAUUAGCCUAUGUUAUUCCGUACAAGCAGCUAUCCGCGAUGGCAAAGCCUAGUUACGGUGACGAUGGGGAGCUUCUGGAUGGGGGGUUCGAUAUGAGUACCGGUGGCAUUUGUGGGUAUUUACAUGAUAUAAUCUACAUUACAUGUUUUGUCCAAGUCACUUCCAUUAUUUCUGAAAAAUUUUGGUACAUAUACUUGGUGAUACCGGGAUUCGCUGCAUACCAACUCUGGGGACUCGUUAAGGGGUUUCUGCCUCAGGGUUCAGAGGGAGUAGAUGAAGAUGAGAAGACACGAAAAAAGAGAGAAAAGAUGGAGAGGAAGGCUUCAAGAACCAAAAUUGUCAGGACAAGGACUCGAUAAUAAGUAGUUCAUGAUUCCAAAAUGAGUAUGGCAACUCGGGACCAGGUCGUUGUAGUUUAAAAUGUACUAGCUCUUAAUGAGUUCUUUUGAAAUUUGAUUUUCUUCGCUCCAGAACUAGUGAUUCACAGCAUAUCAACUCUCUUGUUUAUCGUUAGGGAUGAUUGCAGCUGCUGUUACAACCUUUUAUUUUUCUCUACACUUUAUUCAAAUCUUUCAUUUUUGUCA